AGAAAUACACCGUAUAAAAGGAUUUACCCCCUCUCUCUCAACCUCUUUCUUUCGUUCAACGGGCAAGGUUUUUCUUCGCAAUGAAAGCUCAAUCUUUCCGGCGGUUUUUAUCUCUCUAGAGAGCUCAGAGGUUUCUCCGGGUUCAGUUCGGCGAGUUCGAGCUCGAUUCCCGCCAAUAUUUUGCUUCCUGAGGGUUCUAAAGCUUUGGUGCUUUUGGGCGCUCAUUGUUAAAGUGGAAUUGGUUAGGAGGUUGCUGAAUUUUGUAGACUUUAUUGAUUGUAAUAUUGCGAUUUGGAAGAGAAGGUGAACAAAAUAUGGAGGAAGAGAGAGUAGAGGAUUUUUGCCCUGAGAAUAAGCAAGCUAUAGCUCCUUCAAGCUCUUCUGUUUCUGAGAAUAGUGGCAGUGUUAAUAUCAAGUCACCAGGGAUAUCUAGCGCCAUCCCUUCUUCACCUGGGCAUCGAAGAACAAGCGGUCCUAUUCGACGAGCAAAGGGUGGAUGGACUCCGGAGGAGGAUGAUACUCUUAAGCAGGCUGUCGCAGCAUACAGAGGGAAGUGCUGGAAGAAAAUUGCUGAUUUUUUUCCUGAUAGAUCAGAAGUACAAUGCCUUCAUCGAUGGCAGAAAGUUCUAAAUCCUGAUCUUGUAAAAGGACCCUGGACUCAGGAGGAAGAUGAUAAGAUCAUUGAACUUGUAAGGCAGUACGGCCCUGCAAAAUGGUCUGUCAUUGCCAAGUCAUUACCUGGUCGAAUAGGAAAACAAUGCCGUGAAAGGUGGCACAACCAUUUGAAUCCUAAUAUAAAAAAAGAGGCAUGGUCAUUUGAGGAGGAGCUAGCACUUAUAAAUGCUCAUAGAGUCCAUGGCAAUAAAUGGGCUGAAAUAGCAAAGGUUCUACCUGGAAGGACUGACAAUGCUAUCAAGAACCACUGGAAUAGCUCUUUGAAGAAAAAGUUAAAUUUCUACUUAGCCACAGGAAAUCUACCACCUUCUGCCAAGAACGUCCCCCAAAAUACUUGUAAAGAAGACAUCACUAUCAAAACCACUCUGACCGAUUCAACAGAUUUAGCAGCUUCAUCAGGAACAACAACAGAUGUUUGUAAAGCAGCAGUAGAUAUGGAAAACAUUCAUCCUCCUGAAGGCAUAAUAGUAGAGGACAUGGGUGGCGCUUUGACCAGCAGUCCUCAAAUUGAUUCAGCUGAUUCUGAAGACGUUGUCCGGCCAUGUAAUAUUAAAUCCUUAAAUUCCACCCCAAAGCUAAUUACACACGUUAAGUAUGGUAGCUUAUACUAUGAACCCCCACAGUUAGCAAGUGUGGUUCCACUGGAUUCAGAUUUUCUCAUUCCCACUUUUCCAACCCCUCCCACCAUUGAGAAGCACAGUGGUGUGUGUGUACAGACCCCCGAGUCCAUAUUGAAAAUUGCUGCUCAAAGCUUCAGGAAUACGCCUUCUAUUUUAAGGAAGAGGAAAGCUGGAUCUUCUCAGUCAUCCACACCUUCCCAUAAAGUUGGGAAGGCCGAUGAUGGUGGUUGUGCUGGUGGUGGAGGAGAUGAUAGUCAGCUAAGAAUCAAUUCAAAUCCUUUUAAUGGGUCUCCUCCUUACCGAAUCAUAAGAUCUAAGCGUACUUCUGUUUUUAAGUCCGUUGAGAAACAGCUUGAGUUUGGCUUUAACCAAGAGCAGGAUGGCUCUGCAAAUGGUUCAACUGUGAAACAUAUCCCUCCUGCAACCAAAGCUGUGUCAGGUGCAGCAUCAUAGUUUGGACUUGGCCUUUGUAAGUACAUUGUGUUUGGGUUUCAGCCUAACUAUUUUCUUCUCUUGUGGAUAAUGGUUUUCUAAAUAGGCUUAGCAUAAUAGCAUUAUAUCGUGAUAGCAAAACAUUCUGUUCUUAAUGUCAGAAGUAGAGUAGAUUUUUUCCAUUUUACCAAUAAACUGGGGUGGGAUGUCAUAACAAGUAUCAUUAUCCGAAGUUAUUUCAUAUUCACUUGUGUUUCAUAUACCAUUCACGCUGUAGCCCGUUUGUUUAAGGUAAAAUUUGGCUGUAUGAACCAAAUAGUCUGUGAUUUUCUUUUAUAGCAACUAGAAUAAAUUAUAAAAAUGAAGAUAAAAGUGUUGUUUCCCUCAUUUCAGGCAUUUCUGCCUCAGUUAAGUUGGUUUUUGGUAAAAGUAUUGUUGAUAAGAGUUUUAACUUUUAAGCCGAAUCAAGCUACCUAACAUGCAAUGAGAGCCAUUACAGUAUGGGAAUUCCCAGAACUGUUUCAUCAUUACAAAAGUUAUGUACCUUGUCCAAUUCUUGCCUCUACCAGAGUUAAAUAUUUACAGUUCUGCUCUUCUGCUGAUCAGAAUUAGAAGCUGGAAUCCGAGUAAGCAAUUCGAGCAGCAAAAUUAAGUCCACAUAUAAAUGAAGUUCCACAGUUUGACAGUCAUGUCGCCUACACUUUAUUGCAUGAAGUGUGGCUAAGUUUAACAAGCAGCUUUGGUUUAUAUGUAAACUCCACGUCUCAAUGAGUUGUUUUUCAUGGAAGAUGCACUGGAUUUGUACAGAAUUCUGGUUAUAAUGUGGUUCUAACUUCUAAGAACUCCAGCAGUUUUUAGGAGGAACAUAUAAUUAGUUUUUUAGUCGCAAUAGUUUCGUCCUUCAAUCUGUGUAUACAAUUAUUAUGAAAUAAAUAGUUAGAAAUUAUAUCUUGAUCUGAUUGUCACUAAGAAGAUAUAUUUUGGUCUCUGCCCUUUCCC